CUAUAAAAAGGUCCACUAAAUCCAAGUGUGGUCUAGUCCUGAAGUAAACGCAGCUCAAGCUUGCCUGAAAUAGUCUAGCUUUAAAGUAAAGAAUAAAUUAGUUAAGUGACCUUUACAAGAUGCUUUGGCUGCUAGUCAUUAGCCUGUCAUUAACACAGGGCAUAUUGGCAACAAAAUCCUGCAGCCAUCAAGAGCUUGAGCUCGGUAUUGUCCUAGACUCCUCUGUCUCCAUUGAAGACAAGGACUUCCUGAAAGGCAUCAAGUUUCUUCAAGACUACCUCCAAGAGUUUGAUAUAGGCCCAAAGAACGUGAGGGUCGCCAUCAUACCGUAUGCUCAAGGUGUUUAUACAGAUGUUUCUUUUAACUUAAAUACUUACUCCACUAAAGAAGACGUCAUCAGUGCUAUAGGGAGGAUAUCUCACAAACAAGGCCAAUCCACUGACACCGGAGAGGGCAUCAAGUACAUGCGUGAGGUCCAAAUGAGUGAUGCAGUGGUCAGACCAGGAGUCACCAAGAUUGGCCUGGUAAUAACAGACGGGAAUUCUCAGAAAAAGAACUUCACAGCUGCAGAAGCUGGGGCUGCCAGAGCUAGUGGCAUCAUUAUGUUUGCGGUUGGAGUUGGUGUUAACGUCAGCCGGGAAGAGCUACUUAAUAUUGCCGGUGACACGUCCAGAGUCUCCAAAGCUGACAACUACGACAAGCUGAACAGUAUCAUCAAAAGUCUGUUCAAAAAAACAUGUGACAAAAUUGAACAAACUUCUGUUCCACCAGAUUAUCCAAGAGAUGAUCCAAACGUCUGUACAUCGAAGAAUCCGCUGGACAUUUACUUUGUAUUUAGUACUUCUGACAUGGGCAUUGGGAAAACCAUUUGGACCAAUGAAUUUAUUCUGGCGACUGUUUCUACUCAAUAUGGGAACUCACUCUUUAAGUAUGGCUUCAUAGCCGAUCUCUGUCUUGGGGACUCUGGCUUUAAACUAGAGAGCUACAAUUCAGACAAAGAUAUAAAAGCUCGAUUGAAACCCUAUGAGACCAGAAAGCUUUACGCUCUGCUACAGCAACUCAUUGAUUCUGGUUACACCGCCAAGCAAGGAGCCAGACCUAACGCUAAAAAAGUUGUCGUCCUGGUAGUAGACGGUGCCAAGUCUGCAGAGUUAGUGUCAAAACAAGUGAAAACUUUGGUAGACAAGGGCAUUUCGGUGUUCAUUGCUGACCCAACCAACUCUGGAAUUAAGAUUAAAGGUACAACCACACUUGUGGGAGAGUCUCUGGCGCAGUCUACAGAACUCGUCCAGUACUUGUGUAAACCAUGUCUCUCCAAUAAAUCAAACUAAAAGUCAUUGGUGAACUUAGCUCUGGACUGCCAUUG